AUGGAUGUGGAGAAUGGGGAGAUUGGGGUUGUGGACGAUAAAAAGUUGGUGGAGCAUCCUGUGAAGGAAAAGAAUCAUCUCAUUACAAAAUAUCGAGAUUAUUUUACUGGGAAACUUCAGGUGAAGUUUGGGAAGAGUCAUAGAUUUGAUCAGGGGCCUUUACAAAAGGAUAAUAUCACAUCAAUAUCUCAACCAAAAUCUCACACACAAACCACAACUAUGUCCGCCAAAUCCAACACAUCCCAGCCCAUAUGGACCUCUGAUACCUCCAAAAACAAUCAAACAAUCAUCUCCGACAUCGACUCCGCAACUCAUAGCAUCCAAUCCAUUUUCCGCGAUCUCAAAUCUAUCACCCCAGAAGAUGCAAACACACUUCUCCACCUCUUUUCCUCUGAAAUCAAAGAAGUUCAAGAUGAUAACACACUCCUUCUUGAAAAGACAGUGCAACUUCUUUCUUCCCAACCUGAAACCUCGGGGAUUGGGCAGAGUUUAACAGCGAGUUUUGUGAAUACGCUUUGGGAUGCGUUGCCGCAUCCGCCGAUGAGGAGUUUGGAUAAGAAGUAUAAGUAUCGAGAUGCCGAUGGGGGGAAUAAUAACAUUAGGAUGCCGGAACUUGGGAGGGCAGGGACGGCGUAUGCAAAGAGUGUUAAGGCGGAAAGGGCAGUGAAGAAAAACUUGCCGGAUCCGGGUGAGCUUUUUGAUGGGUUGAUGAUGAGAGGAAAUGAUGAAAAUGGAGAAGGUUACAAGGGGAGUCCGACGGGAAUCAGUAGUCAGUUGUUUUACUUGGCUACGAUCAUUAUUCAUGAUCUUUUUCUUACGGAUCAUAAUGAUAUGACGAAAUCGAAGACGAGUAGCUAUUUGGAUCUUGCACCUCUCUAUGGUUGUAAUCAAGAAGAACAGAAUGCAGUUCGAACAUUUGAGGAUGGCAAACUCAAACCAGAUUGUUUCUCCUCGAAGAGAAUCCUUGGGUUUCCACCCGGUGUAGGGUGUUUUUUAAUUAUGUUCAACCGAUUCCAUAAUUAUGUGGUUGGAAUGCUUGCUCAAAUCAACGAUAAUAACCGCUUCACAAAACCCAAACCAGAUGCGGAUAAAACUACUUUUGAUAAAUAUGACAACGAUCUAUUCCAAACAGGUAGACUUAUCACUUGUGGUUUAUACGUCAAUAUUGUCUUGAAAGAUUAUGUUCGCACAAUCCUAAAUCUCAACCGUACAACUUCAAAAUGGGAUUUAGAUCCGAGGGUUGAGGAGACGAAGAAUCUUUUGAAUAAACCCGCUGCUGAAGGGGUCGGGAAUCAGGUCACUGCCGAGUUCAAUUUGAUCUAUCGCUGGCACUCAGCCAUUUCCAAACGAGACGAACAAUGGACCAACCAAGAAUACGCCAAACUCUUUCCCAACAAGAAGCCAGCUGAUGUUACUCUUCCUGAACUUCUCAGAGGUCUCCAUACAAUGGAAGUAGAACUCCCUACCGAUCCUUCUCAACGCUCUUUCGCAAAUCUUACUCGUUUGUCUAAUGGAUCAUAUGACGACCAAUCCUUGGUAUCAAUUUUCCAAUCUUCAGUUGAAGAUCUCUCUGGAGCCUUCGGUGCCUCCAACGUCCCUCCAAUCAUGCGUUCCAUUGAAAUCCUCUCGAUUCUGCAAAGUCGUUCUUGGAAUAUGUGCACGCUAAAUGAGUUCCGUUCUUUCGUGGGGCUGACACCUCAUAAAUCAUUUGCUGAUAUCAACCCCGAUCCGACUAUUGCAAAAAGACUCAAGGAAUUCUAUGGGAGUCCUGAUGAUGUGGAAUUUUACCCGGGUGUGGUGGUUGAGAAAACUAAGCCAGCUAUCGUUCCUGGGAGUGGGCUGUGUACGGGGUAUAGUAUUAGCUAUAGUAUAUUGAGUGAUGCGGUGGGAUUGGUCAGAGGGGAUAGGUUUUAUACUACGGAUUAUACACCGGAUAGUCUUACCAACUGGGGAUACAACGAAGUGCAAUUCGAUACUAAUAUUGACGAUGGCGCUGUGCUUUACAAAUUAGUCCUCCGAGCUUUCCCAAAUUACUUUCAGGGAAAUUCUAUUUACGCACAUUUUCCAUUCGUAACACCUCAAGUUAAUCUUGAGAUACAGAAGAGCUUGGGUAGAGAGGGAUUGUAUAGUUGGGAGGUACCGAAGAAGAAAGGGGAGCUAUUGAAGGUUGAUAGUUGGGAGGAAUGUAAAGGGAUUCUGGAAGAUAGUGUUAAUUGGAAGGUAACAUGGGGUCCAGCAAUUGGUUUUCUAACUUCUCAAUCAACUACCGCCUCCUCGAAAACUAAGACUCCUGAAACUAUCCCCCCUUUCUGUCUCGCAGGCGAUGCUCCUGUGAAUACUACUUCUCGCUCUCUCAUAACAUCUUCUUUCUACGAUCUACCUACUGGUGGUCAUGGCCACAAAAAUGAUAAAGAAAAUCCUGAUUGGCUAUCUUCCAUCACUCAGUUCUACACCGACAACACGGCCGAUUUGUUUGAGAAACAUAAAGUUCUCAUUCCGACCGGUAACACUUCUACUCAUGCCAAUGGAAAUGGCACGAGCACAAAACGUUACAGGAUUGAUCUCGUAAGUGAUAUCGCAAACCGCGUCUUCACCCGUUUCGCAGCUGGAGUUUUCGAUAUCCCUCUCAAACUCGGAAUGGGCAAUACAGUCGACGUCAACGUCACCACCGAUACCGAAGAUGGAUACACAGAAGAACAAUUAUAUGGAGCCCUAUCUAUAUGUUUCAUAUGCAUCUUCAUGAAUCUCGACGUCACCAAGUCCUUUGCCGUAGAUCAAGAAGCUCGAGCUGCGGCGAAGAAACUAGGUGAGAUAUUGAUGGAGAACACGAAAGGAGGUAAGAUUGGAGAGGUGGUAGAGGGGUUAAAGGGGAAAUUGCAUAGUUUGGUCAAUGAUGAUGAGACGGAAAGACAGGUUGAGAAGGGGGUGGGGAAAGAAAAAGAUAGGCUGGCAUUGAAGGUGUAUGGGAGGGAAAUGGUGGAGAGGUUUGUGGAAGGGGGAAAGAAGGUGGGAUGGGGAGUUGAGAGGGUGGUUUGGGAACAGAUUCUCCCAACCUCAGCAGCAAUGACGGCAAAUCAAUCACAGCUCCUGUCACAAGUCCUAGAUUAUUAUCUUAGUGAUGCCGGAAAAUCACAUCUUCCACAACUAUACACUCUUGCACAUGAGAAUACCAAGGAAGCUGAUGAUGUUUUGUUGCGCUAUUUCCUCGAAGCAGCCAGGAUCCACGGUACUGUUGCAGUCUUCCGCGCAUACGAUCCCCCACAAACCGCAACCCCCUCCUCAACCAUUUCUCUCGGCACCUCCUCGCACCAAUCUACACCACACAUUGUAUUUCAACCCCCCUCUCAAAAUCCCUCUCAAACUCAAAUUCCAACAACCACAACAUUCCCCCACCCCUCCCCCGGAACCAUCGCUCUCCUCAAUCUCCCCCUAGCACAUCUAGACCCUUCAAUCUUUCCCGAACCCGAGAAAAUUGAUCUAAAGAGGGAUAUGGCAGGGUAUCUAAUGUUUGGAGCAGGGAGACAUGCGUGUAUAGGGAGAGAUGUGGGGGUGAAGGGAAUGGUGAGGGUUUUUAGGGAGAUUGUUGGGUUGAGAGGGUUGAGGUUGGAAGGGGGGAUCAAGACGGUGGAGACGGAGGUGGGGAGUGCGUAUCUUGAUGGGAGUUGGGGGGUCGUGGGACCGUUUCCGAUGGGGUUGAGGGUGGUGUGGGAUGAGUAG